UCCUUUUGAGUUCAUUUUUGUAUAUGGCGUGAGGAAGGGGUCCAACCUCAUUCUUCCGCAUGUCAGUACCCUGUGUCCCCAGCACCAUAUGCUGAUGACUGUCCUUCCGCCUUGAAUGGUCUUGGCACCCUUGUCGAAAAUCAUUUGAGUAUAUAUGUGAGGGCUCUUUCCUGACUAGCAGGUAAUUUCUUAAAGAUGAGUUAAUACUGGAUCCAUCACACAUUUCAUAAAUGUCAUGUGCUUUGAGUCACUGAUUCCAUGAUUUGGGACGAGGCAUACCCAGUGCUGCUGGCCUCACGCAGAUGUGCAUCUUGUAGGCUGCUGUUUCUUUCACAUUUCCUGAAGUCACACGUGAUACAAAAUGUAUUUUAUCAAGUAUUUUCUCAAACUCUUCAGUAAAAGUAGUUCACCUGCCACUUCCAGCUACAUUUAGUAUAGUUCAGCCAUAGGUGUUAGUAUUCUGUGUGCACAAUAGAGGUUAAAGAACUAGACCUUUACCGUGGAGGCCUGCCCUCCCCCACUCUUUACAGCACACGCGUCCUAAACACAUUGCUAUGUCUCUGUUUGCCCACAGGUCGCUGCAUUUUUCUCCCAUCCCCAUGGUGUGGACAGUGCCACACGCCCUCUGCACAACAACGGCUCUUGCAUGCGUAUUGCAGUGUUUCCUGUGUCAGAGAGGCCGGCAGAGCUGCAGAUGCCCCUGCGCCAGCCCUGAGCUGAGCGAGGAGAGCCCCGCAGAGAUGGUGAAGAUGACCAAGUCCAAAACCUUCCAAGCUUAUCUGCCAAACUGCCACCGGACAUACAGCUGUGUCCACUGCAGAGCCCACCUGGCCAACCACGACGAGCUCAUCUCCAAGUCCUUUCAGGGAAGUCAGGGACGAGCCUACCUCUUCAAUUCCGUGGUGAACGUGGGCUGCGGCCCCGCGGAGGAGCGGGUCCUGCUCACCGGCCUGCACGCCGUGGCGGACAUCUACUGUGAGAACUGCAAGACCACGCUCGGGUGGAAAUACGAGCACGCCUUUGAGAGCAGUCAGAAGUACAAGGAAGGGAAGUUCAUCAUUGAGCUCGCGCACAUGAUCAAAGACAACGGCUGGGAGUAAAGGGAAACCCCUGUUCCCUUUUGAUACUGUUUUGCAAAAGAGACGGUCAGUGUAACAGACACGUAGGAGCAGCUGGAUGACAGUGCUGCUUGAACUCGAACCUGGCAGGCUGGCCCCCUCCGGCGACCCCGGGGUAAGUCCCUCCAGCCUGUGUCCUCUUCCUGCCCGUGGUUGUUUCUGAAAUGUUUUAAUGACCUUCUUAUCUCUCAAGUUCUAGAGACUUAACCGACCGAUGACUUACCCGUCUAGUUAAUACCUUCUUUUAACCAAUGCCUUUAAGACAGCUUGGCUUUGCCUUUUCACGUUCGCUAGAAAACCGAACCGAAUCUCCAAAAACCACAGGGAAGGGUCUCUUCGGAGAGCUCGUCUCCCCUUUAGAGUGAAGGUGUGGGAACCACUUCUGUCCUAAUUCACAAAACUACACCUGGCGUAUUCCUCUCGCAGAUGAGUGGUGAGGGUGUGAUGCUCGUGCAGGAAUUCUCCAGAAGCAGUCUAUGAAUCUGGGCACCAAGGGUGGUGGUUAGCCUUGUUCAGAAACAAGACACCACUGGGAACAUUUAGAUAAGCUGUCAAAAGAGAAAUGUGUCUCACGUAACCCCUUGUUUAUUUAAGCCGACAGCUUCUUUAUCUAGAAAGUGAGAGCAGCAGCAGCAGGGCGGCCCCAGGGCUGCGCGCGGGCCGAGGCCCUGCAGACCUUGGCCACAGGUGCUGGGCGUGGGUCCCCGAGUUAGUUAGAGUUUAGCACACUGGACUGAGUAAACUCGGGUUCCUUUUCUCCUCUGAUGUACUUGAAGAACAAGAAUUAUCUUUCCAUGUGAAAGAGGCCAGAACAGGACACACUUAAGAUUUGCCACAUUGUUUUAAAAUUUUCUUAGGAAAGGUUAGAGUAGCAGGACAGGUCCGAACUUGGGAGACCCAGGCUGGUUUGCUCUCUGGGUCCUGGUGCCCCUGGGUCGGGCACCGGUCCUGCGGGCUGGCAGAUGGGCCCCAAGCAGCCUCCUGAGCCCCGUGUUCCUGCCACAGUUGACGUUCCCAUCUGCCCGAGCCUCUGCAGGGAGUCAGCACCGCGCAGGGGUUUUGGUUAAUCUUCAGAGAAUGGAGGCCCAAAAGCGGUCCCCUAAAAGUUUUGAUUUUCCAUGUUCUAACCUGUCUC